UAAGUUCUCCUCCUACAGCUUACCCCCUAGUGCGUCGAAAGCCAUAGCGUCGCGAAUACUUCAUCAAUCAACGUGAUUCAAAUUGGGAACGGUAGCUGAGAUUAAGAGCUACAACAUAUCCAAGUUUCGCGACAUUCCAACGGCUAGGUUUUUGUCGACGUCGUUUCUUGUGAAGACGACUUUUCUGUCCAGAAUUUCGGAUAUAUAUUUUGAGUAAUUCUAGCUCCUAAGUUCACCUAGACUCCGUCCUUAAUUCUAACAAGUGGUAUCAGAGCGAUAUUAAGGACAUUGAGAGGAGUCUACAGAAGUGUGAAGACCCUUCUAGACCCACCAUGGCCUGUGGGUGUGCCUAAGUGGUGUUCUAAAGGUUGGAUGUGUCUUCCGCUAAGGGGAAACUCUGCCGAAAUUUCGUGGACGCCGACACUUGUGAAAAUAUCGAGGGAGCUGAGUGUGGACAGCAAAGGGGAGCUGAAAUUCGUCAUUUCUCAAGGAGAAGAUGAAUGAGAGAGGAGGAGAUGCUAAUGGAAGAGGAGCUCUGCCGUGCUAAGCUUGGGAAGAAGGUGCUGUGGAGUCUGGAAGAGGAGACCAGCUGCAUCAAGGACCUGUGGCAGCUGCCCAUCAUCCCUUGGAAUGGGAAGACUCCAACAGCAGCAACGGCAGCAGCGGCAAAGGCAACAGCAGGAGGAGAUGCAACUGCACCAACUGAUGGGGUGCUGGAAGCAGUCAAGAAAGUGCAGAAGCAGCAGACACAUGGUGAGGUCGCCCUUGUGAAGAACAGGGUGCUGGCUACAGUUGGAGAUAAGGAGUGGAUCCCAUACGUCAAGUGGUAUGGGAGUGCUCCAGCUGUGAACAUGCUGAGGGCAUUUGGGUGCAUGGUGGUGUUUCAUGUGCCUAAGGAGAAAAGGGGGAAGUUGGAGGCUUCUGGAAGAUGGGGUGUGCACUUGGGGAUUGCAAAGGAUCACAAGGGGUGGCUGCUAUGGGACUUGACCACCCAGAAGUUGACAGUGUCAAGGGAUGUGAAGUUUCUUGAGUCCCUGUACUACAAGGAAUGGAAGCAGCAGCAACAGAAGCUUCCAUCUACACCGCUCAUUGUGGAGGCGGAUGAGGUGCAGCGGCCUUCAAGACAGGUAGAGGUUGCAGUGUCAGAGGAGGAGAUGUCUGGGGUGACUGAGGAAGGGGGAGCAGCUGAAGUAGAGCAGCAGCAGCAGCAGCAGCAUGAGUCUCCACCUCGAGUUCCACACCCGCCUGAGCGUCCUAGGAGGGAUGUGCGCCCUCCAGUGAGGCUGACCUAUGGGGGAAGAGGCAAGCCGAAUGUGGUGCAGGCUGGGAGUUGAAAGCGGAUGGCACCAGCAUUGGGGGUUAUGUGUGCUUGCUAGGAGGUGGUGCUGUGAGCUGGCGCAGCAAGAAGCAGAAUGAGGUGGGAUUGUCCUCAUGUGAGACUGAGUACA